AUGAAGAGUCCAGGGAACCCGAAGUUAGGACAGCAAUCACGAAUCGUGAAGCUGCAGGAAGUUGGAUCACCACGCCAAGGUGUCUUGCAUCUCACGGAACUGAGGAUCACGUGACGCUCUUUCUCGUGCGACAGACGCGUCGUCAAGCUGGCGCCAAGCUCGCACGCACCGCUCAAGCCAAGACACAUAAUAGGCGCAAGCAACAGGCGAGCGCACAACACCAGACCGCGCGCGCGAGUGCUUGCAGGAUCACGAAUGCUUGACCCCUGUCGAGCUCAUCUCAACCAACAAUCACAGCCUCGCAGAUCCCACACACAGACUCACGACUGUCGAUCAAGACAUUUCCAACCUUCAUCGCAACUCAGCACCGCAUACACGCCUGCCCACUACCACGCAGACGGUACCGCAUCAUGGUGAGUCGCCCCGCAUUAGAGCUUGCCUAUCCACCUGACCAGGCUGACGAGUUGCUCGCGUUCGAACCUGACCUGCGCAGUCCGACGCAGAGUACAAAGAGGCUUUUGCCCUCUUCGACAAGAAGGGCACUGGUCACAUUGCGAGAGAGAGCUUGGGAGAUCUGCUUAGAGCCCUUGGACAAAACCCUACCCAGGCUGAGGUCGCAGAGCUGGCUGCGAGCACCGGAAAGGAUGGUGAGUAGAGGAGCAACGCGAGGUGGUGCACAGGCGAGAUAGCAGUGAAGGGUGUGCAGGCGCGGAGGGUGGCUGUCACAAUCGAACGCAGCCCCACGGGACGAUGUGUACGAGCGAUACCUUCGGCCGUGCGUCCUCUGGACCUCAUCCCGCCAUCGGCGGGUUGAAGCGUCGUCGUCGUCGUGCUCGUCUCAACGAUGCUGCAAGAAACCAAUCCUGAGGAGCUUGUCUGGGACGUCGCGCUCAUCAAUACCGACCCUGAUCUCUGAUUUGCUGCUACAGUGGACUUCAAGACGUUCCUCGACAUCCUUCACAGGCCCAAUGGCUUCAAGCCGGCAGGAACUCCAGGUACGUGAUCGGACGAAGCGCGCGAGACCGUCUUGCAAGAUCACAGCUGAUGCAAUCGCCUUCUUCGCUGUUGCCCCUCAGAGGAAUUCAUCCGAGGCUUUCAAGUGUUUGAUAAGGAGGGUAAUGGGUUCAUCGGAGCAGGAGAGCUGCGCUACGUGCUUACUUCGCUGGGAGAGAAGCUGACGGAUGAGGAGGUGGACGAGCUGCUCAAAGGUGUGCAAGUUGGCAGGUGAGUUGUAGCGCAUCGUCUCGCGCGAUCAAGUGCCUGUAUGCUGACGCCUGUGCCGCGCUCUGCUGUGCAGCGAUGGCAACAUCCACUACGAGAGCUUCGUCAGACAAAUCCUCAGCCAGUGA